GUUCUCCAAGUGCUGAUGUAUUGGAGCCAGAGGUUACCCUUCCAGAGGAUAUCCUUUGGAAGAUACAUGCACUUAUGCCAAUGCAAGAUGCUGCUCGUGCUGCCUGCUUGUCUCAUAGUUUUCUUCACUCUUGGAGAUGCUAUCCCAAGCUCAUAUUUGAUAUGAGAGCACUUCGCAAACAAACAAAAGAUUUUAUCAACAGAGUUGACCACAUCAUGCAAAAUCACUCUGGUGUUGGGGUGGAGAUAUUUAAAUUGCAAACUCGCAAUGAUUUCAGUGUGCAUCCAAGUUAUCUUGAUCGCUGGCUAGUAGUUGCACUUACGCCUGGGAUCAAAGAAUUUGUGCUAGGGCUCCCCAUAGAAAACGAAAUGUAGUACAACUUUCCUGGUUCACUUUUAUCUCGCGAGCGGGCACACUCAAUUCAGUAUUUUCACCUCAGUAGCUGCAUGUUUCAUUCUGUAGGCAAAGUUGGUUGCUUGAGUAGUUUGAAGACUGUUCGUCUGCAUGAUGUUGGUAUUACUGAGGAGGAGUUGUGUCUUCUUCUGUCCAAUUCCUUCACGUUAGAGCAUCUGGACCUCGAGUCCUGCUAUGAUAUACGUUGCUUAAAGCUGUCACAUCUUUUGUCGAAACUUAAUAGACUGGACGUGCGAGGUUGCAAAAUGUUGCAGAUGAUAGAAUGCAGUGCUCCGAAAGUCUCCAUCCUUAAUUAUGAGGGCCCCACAAUACCUAUCUCUCUUGGAGAUUCAUUGCAAGUGAAGAAAAUGCAGAUGACAAGUACUGAUGUGCCUAACCUGCUCCAUUAUGCUAGUACCAAGCUUUUAUCCAUUGCGCCAAAUGUCGAAACUCUUUUUCUGUACUCACUUUAUGAGAAAGUCAAUACACCAAUGGUUUUGGGUAAAUUCCUUCACCUCGAGUAUUUGGAGAUUAAGCUUUUCAUACCAAGUCGUUCUCCAGAUUACGACUUCUGUUCUUUGGUUUCUUUUCUUGAUGCUUCUCCCAACUUGAAGAUGUUCGUUUUGCGUGUGGAGGUGCCUACCAUCGAACCUGGUUUGAUUCCCGGAGUCCAAAUUGGCGAAGACUUAUUAUUUGCAAGUUGCGUUCGGAAACACCGCCAUCGCAAACUUAAAAGUGUGAUCAUCAAUGGCUUUCGCUCUUGGAAGACCAUGAUUGAGCUAACGAGAUGUAUUCUUGAUUAUGCGGCGUCACUAAAGCAUCUUAUCCUGGACACCACUAAUGGGUAUCAUAGGAGGAGGUCUGCCAAGUGUUUCCCUUUGGGCAAGGAUACACUUCUUGAAGCCCGAAAGGCUCUAGAAGCUAUCAUGACAUACAUUGAGGGGAAAGUACCUUCAAAGGUUAAUUUUAAGGUUCUUGAGCCCUGCAAGUGCAAUAAGUGUCAAGAAGUUUGAGUUACGUUAUGCCUAGGUCUUUAAUUAUCUACAUUGUUGCCAUAGUUUAGAGUUCCUCAAAAUUUUGCAAUCUAUUCUAUGACAUAUAUUUGAAAAUGCUUUAAAGUUGUACUCAUGUUA